CGCCUCAACUAGUGCGGUUGAUAUUGUUUGUAUGGAUUUCUAUGGAUGUACGCUCAUUACAUCAACUCCGGAUCGCCUCGCUCGCAAGUUGCCCACGCGCGGGCGGCGAGUGGACCACUUGGUGACAACUCGCAACUCGCAUGCUUGCCGCACGUUGAUCGCGCGUUGCCGACGAGUGGACCGCGCGCUGCCUGCCAGUGAUUCACUCGAGGGCGAUGCGUUGGCGAUGCGCCGCUCCCCACCCUCCCUUCAUUCCCAGCCUUUCUUUCGAACGAAGCGGACGUAUCGUUUUUACUUUUAAAAUGAAUAAAGAAAAACUUAUCGAAGAAGUUCGUAAAUAUACUUUAUUAUAUGAUCUAAGUGACUCGAAGUACAGUGACAAUGUAAAAAAGGAAGAAGCAUGGACAGAAAUAAGCAACACCUUAGCGGUAACAGUACCAAUGUGCAAGAAAACGUGGUCCAAUUUAAGGGAAGCUCAUCGUAGGGCUAUUAAGAAAAAAAAUACCAAAAGCGGUCAAGCAGCAGUCUCAGUUAAAAAAUGGCAAUUCGAGGAUGAAAUGAAUUUUUUGACACCCUUUUAUAAAGAAAGAGCAACUGUAUCUUCACUACUCAGAGAUAGUGAUGAUACAGAAAGUACCGUCAAUGAAGAUUCGCAGUUGUCUGCUCCCGAUUGCCAAUCGGAUAUUUCAAUAAUAGAAGAUCGUCCAACAUUAUCUGAGUCCUCUACAAAGAAAUCCAAGUUUUCAAAUAUAAAAAAGCCCAGAGUACUUGACGAAGACAGAUCUUCUGCAUCGUCAUUGUUAAUGAAAUAUAUAUUAAAAGAAAAAGAUGAAAAAAAUGAAGAUGAUAUUGACAAAUUUUUUUAUGGUAUAGCUGCAACGGUGAAGAAAUUUAAUGAAUACAACAAAGCAAUUAUGAAAUCUCAAAUUUUUAAUAUUGUUUCGCAAAUGGAACUCCGAGAAAUCAAUGAAAAAGGAAAUAAUUACUACGACAGUAAUAAUUAUUCAACGCCAGGACCUUCGGGAAAUUAUUUAACAGCAGGCCCUUCUGGAUACAGUACUACAACGAAUUAUGAUACAGAAAGGAAUGCCACAGAGGUGAACACACCAGUCUUGACUAAUACUGAAAAAAAUUUACCUCAUUUUUAAAUACUGAAAAAGAUUUACCUGAUUUUUAAAAAUGUGAUUAGUAAGUACUUAAUUAGUGACAAAAUUAUGUCAAUAUUACGAAAAUAAAGGUUGAUUUAAGAUACUCUUACAUUGUUUUACUUAUACACACAUACAUACUUACAUAUAUACCGGUCAAAAACUAAAUUGUUAUUAAAAUGACACAUGGAUCAUACCAAGAGGUAAAAAAAACUAAAGUAAUAACUUUAUUUACUUACUUUAAAGUCACAGCCAAUUUCUCUUCGGGUGUGAUCGCUUCUCUGAAUCUUGUGUUUUGCUUAGAUAUGGAGUCUUCAAUAUGAGACAGUAUGUUAUAAAACACACUUUGCGGCAUAUGAUAGUAGGAAAAAAAUUUUUUCUCGUCGGCUAGCAAAUGCCUACGAGCUGUCCAAUAUUCGCCCUCUUUUUUUCUUUGUUUAAACAUUUCGUGCACCCAAUAAGCUUUCCUUUUUCUCUUGGGUCUUUCAUUUUCUUCUGCAUCAAGCGCUACAGCUAUGAGUGCCAAUUCACGGUUUGUAAAAUUUAACAUUAUGAAGCGCACGUGUAGACGUAGUGCCAAUUGUUAACAGACUACACGAAAAUUCCUGGACUAACCGGUCUCCAGUGGUAGACCACGCGGCGUCCACCAGCGGCCAGCGCGGGGUCCACUGGGUGACGAUGCGAGGUCCACUGGUUGACCGCGCGACGUUUAUUGGUGAUAACACGGUGUCCACCCGUGGACCACCUGUCGACAACGAGUUGACGCCGUGCGACGAGGCGGUGCGGAGUGGGUGCCGGGUGGCUCUAAUGAGCUAUGACCUUUAAAGUCACUUACUAUCCCAAGACUUGAGCUGUGUGGUGCUUAUGUAGGUGCUAAAUUGUAUAAACAUAUUGUAGAUUCGUUGAGAUUGUCCUUCACUAAAACUUACUUCUGGACUGACUCGACUAUCGUACUAGGAUGGUUACAAAUGUCUCCACAUUUAUUAAAAACAUUUGUUCAAACUCGUGUAGCAAAAAUUAAAAACAUAACAGAGGAGUCUGAGUGGCUACAUGUACCUAGUAAAGACAAUCCAGCAGAUUUAUUGUCCAGAGGCGUUUAUUUAAAUUUAUUAAUUGAUAAUAAUUUGUGGUGGAACGGACCGUAUUUUUUACAGUCUCGUGAAUUCAGUUUAGAUUUUAUACGUGAUAAUAAUGAGUCGGUAGAAUUAAAUGAUUUGCCUGAGUUAAAGCCUCCUACUAAAGUUAGCUUUGUUUGCAUUCCAGUCGAGAACGAUUUAUUUGAAUUCAAAAGAUAUUCGUCAUAUAUUAAACUUUUACGCAUAGGUGCAUUUGUUUUGAGAUUUAUAGAUAACAUUCGCAGCCGACAUCAGAGCGUCUCAAAACAACAAACCGGUUUUCUAACCACGGACGAGCUGCGUGCAUCACAGGCAUUGCUAGUAAAGUGUGCACAACGCGAAUCGUUCCCGGACGUUUAUGACAAUUUAUUGAAUAAUACGACUGUAAAAACAAAUAAAUCGCAAUGGAAUCGUUUAUCAGGUCUUAAUUUGUUUUUAGAUGAUCGUAAAGUAAUUAGAGUCGGUGGUAGGCUGUCAAAUUCGUCUGAUUUCAACUACGAUAAGAAACAUCCAGUGUUGUUAUGUAAUAAACAUUAUUUUACGUUACUGUUGGUUAGAUACGAGCAUAGACGUUUACUUCAUGCCGGUCCACAGCUGCUAUUGUCUUCACUGCGCGAGUGUUGGUGGCCACUGAGUGCUAGGAACUUAGUAAAGAAAAUAGUUCGUGAGUGUGUUACGUGUGCGCGAAUAAAAGGCAAAAUGUUAUCUCCUAUAAUGGGAAAUUUGCCAUCUGAGCGAUUGGAUGGUGGAUUUCCAUUUAUUACAACCGGCUGUGAUUAUUGUGGGCCACUGUUCAUACUGAACCGGAAGGGCAGAGGAGCCCAGUUAACUAAAGCGUACGUUUGUUUAUUUAUUUGUUUUCUUACUAGAGCUAUACACUUGGAACUUGUUACCAGUCUCACUACUGACGAUUAUAUUUUAGCUCUAAAGCGUUUUAUUAGUAGAAGAGGUAAACCUGAUACUAUUUACUCUGAUAAUGGGAGAAAUUUUGUAGGUGCAGAGAAAGAAUUCCCUAAAAUUUUGAGUGAAAAUUCGGAUAAAAUUAUAAAUUAUUCUACAAGUAAUGGAAUAAAUUUUAAGUACAUUGCUCCGUUUAGUCCCCACCAAGGCGGGCUGUGGGAAAGUGGGGUAAGGUUAUUUAAGUAUCAUUUUAGACGCAUUGUAGGCAACGCGAAACUAACUUAUGAGGAGUUUAGCACAGUUUUGACACAAAUCGAGGCUGUCCUCAACUCCCGUCCUAUGUCUCCUCUUUCCUCAGACCCUUAUGACUUCAACCCGCUAACGCCUGGUCAUUUCCUUAUUGGCCGGCCGUUGACUGCUCCUGCUAGCACCGACGACGUAGCAGCUGCGACAUCUACGACUCCGGCGCUCAACCGAUAUCGACGCAUCGAGCAAAUUCGUUUACAUUUCUGGCAACGAUGGUCGAAAGAGUACAUAGCUGAGCUCCAGACGCGGACUAAAUGGAAGACGAAUAAAAACGAUAUUGCCAUGGACAGCAUGGUCCUUAUAAAGGAUGAUAACCAGCCGCCUCUGAAGUGGAAAUUGGGACGGAUCGUGAAGACUUAUCCUGGUGCGGACGGAGUUUCUCGUGUUGCUGACAUACGGACGGCUACAGGAAUAAUAAGAAGAUCGUUCUCCAAGAUCUGCCCGUUGCCGCUGCAGCCCGAGAGUUGAAUAAAUCCAGAAGACGUCAUACUUUGGAAGUCGGAGUCUUCCAAGGCCGGGGGCAUGUUUAUGAUACCACUAUCGCCAUCUAUGAGUGAGAAGUCGGCAACUUUUUCAUCGAUCAUCAGUUGUACGCGCCCCACCACUGGUAGAUCUCUCUAGAAAAACUGUCUCGUCCACGCGCGCUUGAGAUAGCACAAAUUUAAUAUAAUUAUUCUGUUUUACUGUAAAUCUUUCCAAUAAACGUAUUUUAAUCGUCUAAUAAAA